AUUGCGUGGAGGUCCCAGGGAGCCCGGUGAAAUAGUUUGAAUUGUGGUUUUCAAGUGGAGAGCCGAUAGGUACCUACUAGUCCCCUAGAGGAAGAGGAAGAGGAAGAGGAAGAGGGAAAGAUGUAAAAGCCGGGCAGCGAAACGAAAUAAUAAAAAGAACACCAGUCCGCCGGCAGACUUCUCCGGUCAAAUACGCCGAUGUGAUGCCAACGCGGUCACAUGCGGGGGAUCUUUUCUUCUGAUGCAGGCUAUCCUAUUACACGCUUGCUUUCCGCCUUCUCCUCUCAAGCGCAAUAAUAGAUCGCCCUCUCCAGGUCUCGCUUUCGAUUCUUCCCAAUUUCUGUUUUCCUUGGAAAUUGGUGUCAAAUUCUUGCCCUACUCUGUAUUGUUAUGUGGUAGCCCAGAGCUUCGCAAAACCCAGUUGCGAAAGAAAUUGGAGGUGCAGAGGAAAAUAUGAGCAGCAAUGGAGGGAAGAAGGGAGGAGGAGCGGCAGGCGGUGGCUUUUUUGCCUCUCUCACGUCUAGCCUUUCCAGCUUUGGUAACGUCAUGCAAAAAUCGGUUAACAGUCUUAUGGGACAUGAAGGCUUGGAAGUAGUUAAUCCAGAAGGUGGACAAGAUGAUGUUGAAGAGGAAGCUCAUAAAGGAAGAUGGGAGAAAGAGGAUCGGGAUAGUUACUGGAGAAUGAUGCAAAAAUAUAUUGGAUCAGAUGUCACGUCCAUGGUUACCCUCCCAGUCAUAAUUUUUGAGCCCAUGACAAUGCUUCAGAAGAUGGCUGAGUUAAUGGAGUACUCUUAUUUGCUAGAUAUGGCAGAUGAGUGUGAGGAUCCCUAUCUUAAGAUGGUUUAUGCAUCUUCAUGGGCAAUUUCUGUCUAUUAUGCAUACCAGAGAACUUGGAAGCCUUUCAAUCCAAUUCUUGGAGAGACCUAUGAAAUGGUCAAUCAUGGAGGAAUUAAAUUUAUUGCAGAGCAGGUUUGCCAUCAUCCUCCAAUGAGCUCAGCAUUUGCAGAAAAUGAGCAUUUUACAUACACCAUGACUUCAAAGCUAAAAACCAAGUUUCUUGGAAACUCUGUGGAUGUAUACCCACUUGGACGAACACGUGUAGUGUUAAAAAAAUCUGGUGAGGUGCUUGAUUUGGUGCCGCCUCCAACAAAAGUUCAUAAUCUGAUUUUUGGACGUACUUGGGUUGAUUCACCUGGUGAGAUGCUAAUGACAAAUCAGACUACAGGAGACAAAGUUGUGCUGUAUUUUCAACCAUGUGGCUGGUUUGGAGCUGGUCGUUAUGAAGUAGAUGGGUAUGUAUAUGAUUCCAAGGAAGAGCCUAAGUUAUUGAUGACAGGAAAGUGGUCAAAGUCAUUGAGUUAUCAACCUUGUGAUAGUGAAGGCGAGCCUCUACCUGGUACAGAUUUAAAAGAGGUUUGGAAGGUUGCAGAUGUACCAAAGAAUGACAAGUAUCAGUACACAUAUUUUGCUCAUAAAAUUAACAGUUUUGAUACUGCACCAAAGAAUCUUCUUGCAUCAGACUCUCGUCUUCGACCUGACCGUUAUGCAUUAGAAAUGGGAGACCUGACAAAGGCUGGAGCUGAAAAGAGCAAUUUAGAGGAAAGGCAACGGGCUGAAAAGAGAUGCAGAGAGGCCAAAUCUGAACAGUUCACUCCAAGAUGGUUCACUCAAACGGGUGAAGUUACAGCCACACCUUGGGGUGAUUUGGAAGUGUACGAGUAUAAUGGGAAAUAUUCCGACCAUCGUGCUUCUAUUGAUAGUUCUAAUAGCGAUGAUGGCAUAGAUAAAAAAUCUAUUGAGUUUAACCCAUGGCAGUAUGGGAGUGUAGAGGAGGUUGAGGGCAACGGAACUGUUGAAUGACACAUUUGUUUGCCUGUUUCAAUUCUACAAUAGCUCAAUCUUGCAAUUCUUUCCUUGUAAUGAUAUAAACCAUAUAGGAUCUUAGCAAUUUUCUCUCAUGGGAUUUGACUCCGUCAUUCUCCAAAAUAACUAUUUUGGUUGUGUAUUUUGAACUUGGUGUCAGAAAGCAGUGGGAGCUGUGUUUCUAUGCCAUUAAAAACUGAUAUUGUGUACUGUUUUUGUUUGGAGAAGAUGGGAUUGUGUUUUGGCAAUUGUAAAUUAUAUGUUUUCAUCAGAAUUAUUAUAAAAAAAUGUUAUUAAGCA